AUGUCACCAACAUUCCCCAAACCUACUCCGACCCCCCUCGCGUCAUCUUUUCCCAAUCUCAAGAGGUCCACCUUCGUCACCGUUUCUGUCAUUGCAAACGAUACAUCAACAUCUGCCCCUUCUUCCGACUCUAGUAGCGGAUUCCCUGUUGCCAUCGCUAUCCCGGCGCUGGUCGGUGGGAUGGCGUUGGCGAUCGGAGUGUUUUCGUUCUGGUGGUGGUGGACAAAGAGGAGCAAAAGGGUCAAGCGCGAACGCUGGGAAGCAGCACAGAGAAGAAAGAACAAACGCCGUCUGGCUGCCGAAAAGGCAAGCCCUCGUCCAUCCACCUCGACCUCUCGUAAAAACCCUGGUGGUCCCAAAUCCCCUGCGAGUGAGAAGAGCUCCAAAGACAAGUCGACCGCCCUCUCUCCUCCGCCCAGUGCGGCCCAGCGGAACUUUCCCAAUGGCGCUCAAGCGGCUUACGGGGCGUACGCGGCUCAACAGGCGUAUGGGAAUGGAAAUGAGGGUUGGCAGACGCAGCCUGGGAUCGAGCAGCAGCAACAGUACGGCUACAGCUAUGACCAGUAUGGUCAGCCUAUGCCUCUGUCUCCUGUUGGGCAACAAUCAAUCAGUCAGCAGCAGCAGUACGAGGGCAGCUAUGCCCCAGUGCAGCAAACAGCACCGAUCUCAAAGUCUGUCUCUUCAGACACCACAGCCCCUCUGGCGUCCCAAGGCGCCCCUGUUGCCACUUCACCCACCUCACCCACCAGCUCCAAGAAAGAAUCCAGCGUCCCCUCACCCAAGCGCUCCAAGUCUGAGGAGAAGCAGUCAUCUUCCCAGUCUCGCAAGGGUUCGCGUGCUGUCGCGCGUAUGGCCGUAGCAGACAAUGCCGCCGCCGCCGCUUCCGUCGACCCCAUGUACCGCCACAAACCUUCCAAACCCAGUCCUCUCGCCAUCAAAGCCCAGCAGGAGCGUGAAGCCGCUGUCGCCCAACGUGUGUUGGACGACCAGAACCCCUUCUAUGCUGAGCCGGACGAGCUUACGCCGGUCGAUUCCAGGGCGAACGCUGCCUGGGGCGAAUGGGGCGUGGCCCUUGGUACGCCCACCGAAGGUACACCAUUCUCUGAUUCACAGGCAGCUGUGCUUGAGGACAACGUGUAUGGUAACGGGAACCAGACGCAGAGUGGCCUUUACACGCAAGAUCCUUACGCAUUGUACCACGACGACGACGAGGAUGAACAGGAAAACAGGUUCCAUGAUGCUGCGGCUAGCUAUGGGCUUGGAGGCGGCAAUAAGGAAAAAAAGAGGGAUAUGGGCAGGAGGAUCUGA